AUGCGAAAUGGCGGCGAAGAUGGAACCUUUUUAGUGUAUGAGAAGGAUGACUCGUCACCGCAAGAGCGAAAAUUCGUUUUGUGUGUAACAUACAAGGGCAAGCCCACACAUCACUUGAUCAAGAAAAGCGGCGAGAACUGGACCUUGAACGGCAAAGUUUUUGGUGAUCCAACUUCUCUUGUCAAGUGCUCUGAGCCGUUCUUCUCAUUGCGAGUAUUGAUAGCAACAAUGCAGAAAUUUGCUGAGGAAAAUCUUGGCGGAGACGUGAAUGGCGCGUGGUUCCUUCGCCGGAAGAUGAAUGAAGAGAAAACAGAGUUUGUCAUCGUCCUUGGAUUCAACGGCAAGGUGACACACCACCUGGUGGUACCAGACGAGUCUGGUUUUUUGGUUGUGAACAAGAAACACAAUUCUGGCAAGAAGGACAUUGUGGCGCUAAUCCAAGCUUUGAAAGAGAAGCCAAGCUAUUGGCCUGCAGACUUGCUCCAUGUCAUCAACCGCAUCGGCAAAGCUCGGUACUUAAAUUGCCUGCUGCCAUGUCCCGUUCUGGAUCAGUCCGCUCGCGCUCUGGAUCAGUCCGAUCUCGUGCUGGAUCUGUUCGAUCCCGAUCAGGCUCUGUCUCUUCCAAUCGCUCUGUUGCGACGAUUGAUACAGUUGUCAGUGAGCAAGGCGCCAGCGGGCCUCUGCCUGCUGCUGGAUGUCACAGAAGUCAAAAGCUCAAAGGUGCCACAGUCUGACCCCGUGGCUAUCCAGCAGCAGCCUAAAGGUGCAAAAGAAGGAAAGGCUGUGCAGGAAGAGCUUGAAUCAAGCACGGCGACAUUGAUGGCCGACUCUGUGCAAACUGCUUUGCCACCGUACAAAGAAGAGGACUCAGAGUCCGUGCAUACGACUGUGACAACCAUGGAUCGACCACCACUUCCAUCACAUGAUCAGGUUCGCAGUGUUGACGCUUACAAGCACAACACCUCAGCCAUUCUUGACAGAAGUGACACAGUCUCUAUUCAGACGACGGUUACAAGUGUUGAGCAGCUUGAGGCUGCCCCAGCAACAGGUGGCCAGCCUGCCUUUCAACUGCCUGUUGAUGAUCAUGAAAGCCUGGUGUGGUUCUUGCAAACCCAUCCCAAGCGUCGCCUUACCUUGACUCGUGACAACGUCACUCAAUCGUGGGGAAUGGAGAUAAAUUCACGGUCGCCUCCAUUAGUAAAAUCUGUUGCGCCACACGGCGUUGCCGCCUCUGCUGGAUUGCAACCGGGCGAUUGCAUUGCAUACAUCAACAACCAAGAUAUGACUCGAUGUGACAUUAGCUACGUGCUUCCCACCAUGAGAAGUGCCAGUACGUACCACCUUGUUGCAUGA